UGAGAUAAGAAAUGGGUUUUGCUUUGAUUUAGAUUUUGAUUAGUUUUGGAGGAAGAAAAAUGAGUUGGAAGAGUAAAGGACUUGAGCCAAAUUCAAAGUCUGUGGUGACAAAAAAAUGGACUCUUUUGCUUUGCAUUGGCUGUUUUUGUGCUGGGAUGCUCUUUUCUGAUAGAAUGUGGGCAGUUCCAGAGGCUGACGAUAAAGGUGUAUCACGAGAAACAGGGGCUAAAGAGGAAAGGCUAAAGUUAAUUACAGAGGGUUGUGAUCCAAUAGAAAAGGAUGUGAAGCAUGAACCAAAGGACAUACUAGGGGAAGUUUCGAAGACUCAUCAUGCAAUACAAACACUGGAUAAAACAAUAUCAAAUUUGGAGAUGGAGUUAGCUGCUGCAAGGGCCGCGCAGGAAUCUAUAAUUAAUGGUUCUCCCAUUUCAGAUGACCUGAAAAUCCCCGAAUCAAGUGGGAAGCGGAAAUAUUUAAUGGUUGUAGGCAUCAAUACUGCUUUUAGCAGCAGAAAACGAAGAGAUUCAGUUCGCGCUACUUGGAUGCCUCAAGGGGAAGAAAGGAAGAAGCUUGAAGAAGAGAAGGGGAUCAUAAUGCGAUUUGUAAUUGGUCACAGUGCUACCUCAGGGGGUAUCCUUGAUAGAGCUAUUGAAGCAGAAGACAGAAAGCAUGGUGACUUUCUAAGGCUGGAGCAUGUUGAGGGUUACCUCGAAUUAUCAGCCAAGACAAGGACAUACUUUGCCACUGCUGCUGCCUUGUGGGAUGCUGAUUUCUAUGUCAAAGUUGAUGAUGAUGUGCAUGUAAAUAUAGCAACACUUGGAGCAACUUUGGCUAGACAUCGAUCCAAGCCAAGGGUUUAUAUUGGUUGCAUGAAAUCUGGUCCAGUUCUUGCUCAAAAGGGAGUAAGAUACCACGAACCUGAAUAUUGGAAAUUUGGUGAGGAGGGAAACAAGUAUUUCCGCCAUGCCACAGGGCAGCUAUAUGCCAUUUCUAAAGAUUUGGCUUCCUAUAUAUCCAUUAACCAGCAUGUGCUGCAUAGGUAUGCUAAUGAAGAUGUUUCAUUGGGAUCAUGGUUUAUCGGGUUGGACGUAGAGCAUAUAGAUGACCGCAGACUGUGCUGUGGUACCACUGAUUGUGAGUGGAAGGCUCAAGCAGGCAACAUCUGUGUUGCCUCAUUCGACUGGACCUGCAGCGGGAUUUGCAAGUCAGUUGAGAGGAUGAAGGAGGUCCACCGGCGGUGUGGAGAAGGCAAGAAUGCUUUGUGGAGUGCAGCUUUCUAGCAAAGCGCAGUUCCUCCAAACUCAGGAGGAAGCAAGUAAAUGGAUUGGAGCUUGUUUUUGACCUUUGAGUAUGCAGAAAUGUACCAACUGUCAAAAUGUAAAAUGUAGAAACAGGGUUGGGAGGGGGAAAGGAGAGGGGUUUAGGCUGCUGAGUGUCUGCUCCAUUUUAUAUAGGGAGAAAGACCCAAUAGCAGUUAUAAGAGAGCAAAGAGCAUGUAAUUAACCAUUCUUUAUUUGCUCCUUGCGGGAGCGUUUUGUAAGUGUGAAUGGCAACUCCAUAAUAAGUGCCAAUAUUUGGGCUCAGCAUUUGCUGCCCUCUGAUUUACGAAUUAGCGGCUUUUUCCAUCA